AUGGCUGUACCAUUGGACAGGGAAGCCAACUUCCUCGCUUUCGAAAAGAAGAAUAAUAGGCUAAUGGCAGCACUGAGACAACCGGAAUAUGCAGAUGUGAUGGAAUUCAUUCGUGCGCGGAGAGCCACGGUGAUAGCACCUCAGAACGAGACGCUCAAGGAGAUACCCAUGAAUCGUAGUUUUAUUGAAACACAUGUCAUCGACUGUUUCACAAGCGAAGGCGAUAAUACUGCUGAUAAUGCGACAACAGAUGAAAGCGCUGAAGAACAGAAACUCGAUGCAUUUGUGUCCGUUAAUGGGGUUAGGGGUGUGUUUACCACACCAGAGAAGGAGGCCUUGCACGUUUUAGCUGGACCACCUAGUGACCCAGAGGAGGUGGUUGCCGUGGUUACUGAUACGGCGUCGCGGUUUGCACCCGGAAGUGUACUUAGCUCGUAUGUAGCCAAUACAAGGGAUACAUCGGACGAUGUGUAUGUACUGAGACACACACAGGUUACGAUAGGGGAUGUAAAUGCAGACUUCAUGAUCAUUUCAAGACCCCUGACCUUUGAAAAGUGCCCGUGGGAAAUCGACGAGUUUGGUGCUGGGAUGUUGCUGCCUACAGAUAGCCAUCUAUCGGACUCGACACAAGGCGACUCACAGUCUGUCCCAGCUAUUGAAACACCACCUCCCAGUUAUGCGACCCAGGCACACACGGGAGCCACAGCCGGCGGUGAUUUGAUUAGUUUCGAUGAUACCAACAGUAGUAUAGCCAGUGCGGGAAUGGAACACCCCACGGCCAGUGCGGCGAGUGAGUUGUCUGCUGUGCCUGUGACGGGUGAUGCCGGGAAAGCGGUGAGGCCACUGUCGAGGGGCUCGAGUAUAACCGACGGGAGAGAUGGCGGUAAGGAUUCGAGGAGGAAACGGGAGAGUUCGCUCUCAAGCUUUAAGGAGAGUAUGAGGGAUCCCUCGUGUCAUGGUUUUGUGCGAAUGAUCAGAGCGUUUUGCGAUGACAUGGAAACGCACCCCCCGACCAUCGUAGAUAUGCAAUCCCGAUACAUAGCGUUUACCGUCACAAUGGAGGAGAAGUUCAGUACACACCCCUUAUUCAAAGAUUCCAUGGAGAGCACCAUGGAGUCGUUAGAGAAACCCCCAGAAGACGAAGAAAUAGACACGUGGCUGGGCAGGCGUAUAGAUAUGCUAACCUUCUUAACGCCGGAGAAUUUAGGUAUGGAUAAGAAAUUUGGUACCAAUAAUUAA